GCUGCGCCCGGCAGUGGAGGAGGCCCGAGCUGCGGCCCGAGCUGGCUCUGCCCCAGCACCGCCGCGCCCGGGGGGUGGCGGGGCGGGGGCUGCGCGAGGCCUUCGGGCGGCGCUGCUGUCCGGGACCGGGGAGCCGCGGCGGCUUCUUUCCCUGCAGCCGGGGAGUCGGCGCUCGGCCGGGCCGCCGGGUGGCCGGAUGAAUCCGUGUCGCCGCCGCCGCCUCCUCAGCCGCCGCCGCCGCCGCCGCCUGUGUUUUUAAAAAGAUAAGGAUCCUUGCUUAUCGGACUUGAGCCAAUGAAAGCUUAUGGCACUUAUGAAAACAAAUGUCACUCCUUUCUUUUUAAUCGGAACUUCUGUUUAGGAUCAGUAUAUGAUUCUUCACCUGUGAUCUGUUCUUUCCAAAGCCACUGACUUUGAGUUGUAGGAAGGUCUCUGAAGAUUUUUAUCAAAUGACGUCAAUGGCCAGCUUGUUUUCUUUUACUAGUCCAGCAGUAAAGCGCUUGUUGGGCUGGAAGCAAGGUGAUGAGGAGGAGAAAUGGGCAGAAAAAGCAGUCGAUGCUUUAGUGAAAAAGCUGAAAAAGAAAAAGGGUGCUAUGGAAGAACUGGAAAAGGCACUGAGCAGUCCAGGACAGCCAAGCAAGUGUGUGACUAUUCCCAGAUCUUUAGAUGGACGACUACAGGUUUCUCACAGAAAAGGCUUACCCCAUGUUAUAUACUGUCGUGUUUGGCGCUGGCCUGAUUUGCAGAGUCACCAUGAACUAAAACCAUUGGAUAUUUGUGAAUUUCCUUUUGGAUCUAAGCAAAAAGAAGUUUGUAUCAACCCAUACCACUAUAAGAGAGUGGAGAGUCCAGUCUUACCUCCAGUAUUAGUGCCUCGUCAUAAUGAAUUCAACCCACAACACAGCCUUCUGGUUCAGUUUAGAAACUUGAGCCACAAUGAACCACACAUGCCACAAAAUGCAACGUUUCCAGAAUCUUUCCACCAGCCCAACAACACUCCUUUCCCCUUAUCUCCAAAUAGUCCCUACCCACCUUCCCCUGCAAGCAGCACAUAUCCCAACUCCCCAGCAAGUUCUGGACCAGGAAGUCCAUUUCAGCUCCCAGCUGAUACGCCUCCUCCUGCCUAUAUGCCACCAGAUGAUCAGCUGGGUCAAGAUAAUUCCCAGCCCAUGGAUACAAGCAAUAACCUGAUUUCUCAAAUUAUGCCCAGUAUAUCUAGCAGAGAUGUUCAGCCUGUCGCCUAUGAAGAACCCAAACAUUGGUGUUCAAUUGUCUACUAUGAAUUGAACAAUCGUGUUGGGGAGGCUUUUCAUGCAUCUUCUACUAGUGUGUUAGUAGAUGGAUUUACAGAUCCUUCAAAUAACAAAAGUAGAUUCUGCUUGGGGUUGCUGUCAAAUGUAAAUCGAAAUUCAACAAUUGAAAACACUAGGCGACAUAUUGGAAAAGGUGUUCAUCUGUACUAUGUUGGAGGAGAGGUAUAUGCAGAGUGCCUCAGUGACAGCAGCAUAUUUGUGCAGAGUAGGAACUGCAACUUUCAUCACGGCUUUCAUCCUACCACUGUUUGUAAGAUUCCCAGCAGCUGCAGCCUCAAAAUUUUUAACAACCAAGAGUUUGCUCAGCUUUUGGCUCAGUCUGUCAACCAUGGGUUUGAGGCAGUAUAUGAGCUCACCAAAAUGUGUACCAUCAGAAUGAGUUUUGUCAAGGGCUGGGGAGCAGAAUAUCACCGUCAGGAUGUUACUAGCACCCCAUGUUGGAUUGAGAUUCAUCUUCAUGGGCCUCUCCAGUGGCUGGAUAAAGUCCUCACUCAGAUGGGCUCCCCUCUGAAUCCCAUUUCUUCUGUUUCAUAGUGCAGAAGUGUUCCUUUCAAUUUUAUUCUUAGUGGACUUGUUUUAAUUUUAGGGAAAUUUUCAGUACAGAUACUGUGAGCUUACAUGGAAAACAGAUAUUACAGCUUAUUUUUUUCUACAUAAUUGUGACCAAUACAUUUGUACUUUGUGAUGAAUCUACAUGUGUUUGUAUUCACGUUCAUGUGAUUAGCUUUCAAAAGUGUCGUGCAAGAUACAGAGUAAGUAUUGUGCCCCUGUUCCGAAGUUUGGCAUUGAUCUUAAACUGGAAAUACUUCUGCCUUAUGAUCCCAGCAGGAUUUUUUGUUGUCAUUAUUAAUUUUUUAAAAAGUAAUACAUCACAUGAGGAAAAAUUAUAAUAGUAUAUUAGGGUAUACAGUGAAAAGUAUUUCCCAUACUCUUGGUCCUCUAGAAGCUGUACUUUUACCAGUUUCUUUGUCCCACCAACUUUAAAAAAGUAUGAUUAGUUUUUUUUGUAAAAGUAUAUGAUAGGGGCUUAAAAGAAACUAUAAACAAUCAUUUUGAAGGAACACUAUGCACUGCAUAAUAAGUAGUGUUCAGUAAAGCAAAGUGAUAGUUUUCUAGAUGUCAUAAAAUUUACAUUUAAUACAGCUAAAUGUUUGUCAGUGUAUUGUGACUUUACUCAAUAUAUCUUUUGUAAAACAUUUCCUUUAAAAAAAUAUUACAACAGAUCUCCAGUAUAUGUCUUUACUCAGUGCAUUUACUUAGUACAUACUAUCAUAUGUACUGUUUCAUAGCUAGUGACAGUGCAUACACAGCCUCGUGGGGCUGUCCAUUGUUACAGUAACUCUAAUUUUGACAUGCAUUAAUCUUUUUUUUUUUUUUUGCACUUUGAUGGGUGACAGUUUUUAGUGUAACCUUGUGAAAUUCAUUCAAGUGACUUGGACUUAGAUACUCUUUUCUGCUUAGAACUUUCUUGGUACUCCUUUUAUAUAUAUAUAUUUAAAAAAACACUGCAAUUUUAUAGAUUACUGUUGUAGAAAGUUAUGUUCUUUCUGGUAUUUGUUUUAUUUUCAACCUAGAUUUUAAGAGUGUUAUUCUCUUGCUCCAAUUUUAUGUGCCUUUUUAAUUCCCUACAGUUUUAUGGGUGUUAUUAAUGUUGGGAAUUGAUGUUCUUAAUCUGAUUGUUCUUACUUGCAUCAGUCUUCCCAUGUAAGGACCUGUGUACUGCAAGCUACAGGAAUCCCUCUGAGCUGGCCUCAAGGAUGAGGCUAUUGAUCUAAUACUUAAAUGAUCAGUGGUUGUUAGGAUAGCUGAUCUUAAAAUUUUUAUGUAUUUAUGAAUGCAGUUGGUUACAGAAUGCUUCUAUCCUUCCCCCCCCCCCUUUUUUUUUCCUCUUCCCUAAGCACCUGUAUGAUGUUAAUUUCCCAAAACACAAUCCUCGGAAAGGAAAGACACAAAAAUUUUAAGCUGUCCAUUUAGUGAUACCAUGGUUAAAGACUCUUCAACCCCCUUUCUAGAGAACAACCAAAAGGACAUUUAGUUAUGGCAUAAGGACAAACAAACUUAUUUUAGGUGGAAAAAAAAUGACCCAUUUUACUUAUCUAAAGACUUUUUUUUUUUUCCAUAUGAAAGUAUUUGGAGCCAUAUGUUCAUUUUAAAUGUUUGGUUUAACUUUCUACUCUAAUCUUUCUGCUUUCUUAAGGACAAAAGACAUUUUAAAGAAAGAAGUCUACAGUUCCUUUUGUUUUCUGUGACAUUAUUUAUUGCUUUUACAAAAUGCAGCCAAUGGGUGGUUUUAAUUCUUUCAGAUGAAGUGCCAUAUGUGUUUUGACUCACAGCUCUUUGCUGGAUAAAAGUCUAUUUUCUGACAAUCACCUGAGCCUUAAACAUAAGUUUUAUAUAAUAUGGAUUCUCAUCCUUUCAGAGUUGUGUUAGCCACACAACAUAGAAUUAUUUACUCGGUGAUGGUAUUUACCAUUCUUAUACUUAACAAUCUCCUGGCACAAACUUCAGAGCAAACUGGUAGAAAGCGCCCAGAUGAAAUGAGACACGGGUAAUCAACUUUAGUGGGUCUGAACUGAUGGGAAUUUGUUUUCUAGAAUUUAUCAGAUGAGUUAAUUAAAAAUUACUUUUUGUCAUCACCUUGAGAGUUAGAAUUUUGUUUGGUUUUGCCUUCUCUAAGAAGUUGUGUUAUUAACUAAGUUUUGUGGUGAAAUAUAAGCCCAUUGUCAUUCUGAGAGGCUAACUUACCAUAACGUUGAGUUUUAAAUCAAAUUUUAAUUAAGCAGAUUCUCUUAAUUUUUGAUGGGAUACAGUAUUCAUGGAUAGGAAAUAAAAACUGCCAGUAAGAUUCAUGUUUUUAAAGCACAAAGUUCUCUGACCAAUAAAAAGAAAAUACCUCUGAAAGAAACUUUCAGAGUGCAGUUUUAUAUUUUUAUCUAAUUGACAGAAUACUUUAAAAUUUGUGAAAUGCCACUAGAAUAAUCACAGUUUAUUUCAUGUAUAACACUUUAAUACAUGCCAGAUGAGAAAACAGGGUUUGGAAAUAAUAAAAUUUCAGCCAAGUUUGAUAAGUAUACAAAGCAAAAUGCAAUCAUAUUAAUUUUAGUAAUGAAUUCAAACCACAAGAAGGUGUUGAUUAUAGAGAAAAGAAAUUUAAAAGAUUCAUAUGACUAAUAUUUCCACAUAAUUGAGUAUUAUAGUCUGAUUGGUAUUGCCUGGUUGAAGUUAAUGAAAUGUUAACUAGUAGGCAUAUUAUUGGUGUACUGAAAUUAACUCUUCAGAGAAAAUAUAAGGGCAAAAAUCAAUUUAAAAUGUCAAUAUAUAUACAAGAAUGGAAAUAGUUUCCACAUUUAUUACUAUGAAAGGAAAUUGUCAUAAUAGAAUGACUAGAUUUCUGAGGUAAAAUUCAUAAGAUCACUAGUUACCUUGAGUCACAUGUAAUACUACAGAGAAAGUAGAACUGUUUUAUACUUUGAGAGUAUAACACAUGAGAAUAAGACAUCUUUUAUGCUGUAAAAUAAUGGUUAGGUAUAAUAUCAAAUCUGGAAUCUUGUCAGCAUAAGAACUGAGGCUCAUGAUAAAACCUCCAUGUUACCUGAGGCUACCUAUGAGAAACAGUUCCCCAGUAACAGUGUUCUGUUGAAGAAAAACACUUGUACAAAGAGAUGAAAUCCUACUAGUAACAGAAACUCUAUAAACUGUUUGGUAGUACCUGCUAAAUUGCUGUACUUUUAUUAUAGAUAGGAUGUAAGAUGCCACUUGAGAUCUGUUGCUUUAUUCUUUUCCUGGUUGUUUGCUUAAUAUUACUUUGAAUCAUUGCCUUUACCCUGAAAAUGAAUUAAUAUCUUUUAUACUUCCUGAGGAAGGAGGAAUAAUUACCGAAUUAAACUUACAUUUUGAAUCUAUUACCUUUGAAAAGAGGGUCAGAGCUCUGUGUAUUGUUAAAUCCUCACUUAAUCUUUUGGAGAGGAAUAAAAUGUGUCUUCAUAACUAUCAUGUUGGUAUAAACAAGAAUCUUCCAAGGUACUAGAUAGUUUGGUGGUAUUAGAAGUGUUUGACUUUUAUGGGAGAGAGUUUUCCUAGGUCAUUUGCUUAUAGGUGCUCUCCUCAGAUAAUAGCUGUAGCUGCUUUGGGGGAGUGAUUGGUCUAAAGUUUAAUGCUGCCCUCCUAUCCCUGGCCCAAAGAGAACAGCAUUUCCCUCAUUCAUGCAGGAUGGAGAACUGGGGAGGUUUUCUUUUCACAAAAGAUGCAUCUAAGGAAAGUGAGAAUUGAAAAGAUUUAUUUUGCGUUGAAAAGUGCCUGCUGGACAGAAAGUUGGAUAGUUUGGGGGGAAUUCACUGGAUCAUUAUUUAGUGUGUCCUAACUACAUGGGAUACAGCAUUUAUCAAUCCAUUGUUAUUUUUAUCAAAAUAGAAACAACUUCUAAAAUAGAACUGUGUGUGAUUGAAGUGUUGCCUUAAAAUUGAUCAGUUUACAAAAAAAUCAUUGAGAAGGGUUGCACAUUUCAGUGUUUGUUUUUUUUUUUUUUUUUUAAGAUCUUGUGCUAUAAUUGCUGGCAACAAAUACUGAAUUCUUUUGUCAAACACCUACUCAUAGAUAAGAAACCUGUCAUUUGUGGGAAUGGUUUUUGUCAAAAUCAAUUCUUAAAAUUCUUGAAAUAAUCAUAAACCAUUGUCUUUUAAGGAUUUAUCUGAAGAUGAUUUUGAAAGGUUCAGAAUUCUGUGUACAGGUAGAUUUUCUCUCUCAUUAAUAGGUAGUGCCUUCUUAAUAUAGAUGGUAUUAGCUAUACUAAAACUCCAGUGAAACCAAACAAAUUCUCUGUAGAGUCAGAUUUCCCUUCUAGUACCACUGGAGAUGAUACUGCUUUGAUUUACUCAAAGUAUUCUAGCUAUAAGAACUCUUGAAAGGUAACAGUUGGACAAGUGAUUUUCUUUUUUUUUUUUUUUUUUUACCCUAAUUGGUUCAAGGUUCAUUCUGAAAAUCAUUCAAGUUGAAUACGAUUAUAAUCAUGAAAAUGGAAUGUUUGUAUGUACCCAUGUUCUCCUAGGUUUCAUAACGCAGGUAGUAAAAAGACCAAACCAAUGGCUGCACUAUAGGUCUGCUUCUUAUUUGUACUUGUUCUGUUCAUGUUGUAGAAAAUGAAAUUCAGGCAACAUGUCUCAAUUCUGUUAUCUUUUUGAUACUUAUAAAAGUGUAAUAGGUUUUACUGUAUUGUGCUCUUCAAAGCCAUAACUAUUAAGAACUUUGUUUUUGCAUAUGUUUGCUAAUACUUUAAUAAACCUCAAAACCUA